AUGUCAGCCUACCUUGCUGCGCGACAGGCCUUCUCGCCUUCGUGUCCUUCAGGAGGAACCUGGUGGGCCUGUGGGUAUGGAACAUACUUUGUCGGCUGCUGUGCAAGAGACCCAUGCGACAUUACUUGCGCCCAAGGCAACCUUUACCCAGGUGCUUUCGAUCCAAAAGCAUACGGCACAUUUCCCGAUGCUACAUGCGGGACCGGAAGCAAGUUUUAUACUUGCUCUGCUGGACAAACAUUCUGGGGCUGCUGCAAAACGAAUCCAUGUGCCCAAUCUGGCUGUCCCGAUGGUGAUCUCGAACCAGCAAUCUUGAACCGUGAUGACUUGCGCAGUGCAUAUCAUGCUACCGGGUCUGCAACAACUUCUAGCACCUCGGGACCAACUGCUGCAGCACAAAAAUCAGAUGACGGCGUACCGGUUGGGGCUAUAGCAGGCGGUGCAGCAGGCGGCGCAUUCGCCCUAGCUGCUAUAAUCGGCAUCAUCGUAUGGUGGCUAUGUCUACGGCGAAAGAAGAAGGCAAAAGCAAAAGCCGCCGAGCACUAUGGCGAAACAAACGGCGACGGAUUACCCGUCAACGGCAUGAGCGAGUUCCACAACAAGCACCACCGCAACCAAAGUUCUGAUUCACCCCCCUCCUACACCUCCCCCAACCCCAACCAUCCAAACGGCUUCUACAACCCCCCGACAACACACACCUACCAACACACCUACGACCCAACCCACACCUACACCGCCCCCCAAGAACUCCCCCUCUCCACGCCCAUCACCCCACAAACCCCCGCCCAAUUCCGCACCCACAAAAGCAUGUACAGCCACGCCCGCGGGCCCUCUGAGCUCUCCGGCGACGAACCCCGCAACGAGCUCGACUCGGGCGAUCCCGCAAGCCCAGAGCUAAGCGGCAGCACGGGCGCCGUUGUGAGUCCUGCGACUAGGAAGUGGAGUUGGGAUGAUAGAAAGGAGAAGGUUGAGUUGGCGACGCAGCAUGAGCACGAGCACGACGGCGAGGCGCACAUCGGGGUGGCAAUUGGGGAGCCGCGGGCCGAAGGGGCCAGGGUUAUGCCGGUUUGGCGGGAGCAGAGGGUUGGCGAGGUCGAGGUCGAGUCGCCUAGGGAGAUGGAGGGGGAAGCGGCGUUGGAAGAGGGGCACAGGGGGAGGGGGAGUAGAGGGCGCGCACCGCAGGGACUAGGGUUUAUUGAGAUUUUGGAGGAUAUGGCGGAGAGGAGGGGGGAGAUGGAUGCGCAGAGGGCGGAGAGGCGGAGGUGA